GAUUUGAGUCAAACCUGGAUUACGGACUCAUUUCCCGAGUUUGGUCUCAGUAUUGAAGAGACGGCACUCGUAUGGAUGCCAUCCCUUAUAUUAUUCGUCACAUCACUGUAUGAAUGGCACAAUCGGUCGCCAGAAGUGAUCACAUCCAGGGGUUCAUCACAUCCCACGACAUGGACUCUACUCUCCAUCACUAAAAUUAUUUCUACAAUAGCACCGCUAGAGUCGAAUAUAAAUGUCUUCACAUUUACCACAAUUUCAUUCCCAAUAAUUAUCACUCAAUUAUUGCUCUCAUGUUUUGCGGACUCAACACAAGUCCUCACAACUGUUGCCGACGAAGAAAAUUCUAGUCCUGAAAAUCAGUCAUCAUUUUUAUCUCGACUCACAUUUUCAUGGUUUACACCAAUGAUUAUGAAUGGCUAUCGGAAACCAUUGACCACUGAAGACAUGUGGUCGCUGUCCACACAGAAUCGGACCAAUGUUUUCAUCAAACAAUUCAAUAAACACUGGAAACCAAUACAACAAAACAGUGCCAAACAUGCGAUCAAUAUAUUCCCAGCUAUACUAAAGACCUAUUGGCCAACACUACUAAUCAACGCCUGUAUACUAUUAGCGGUCAUUUCAUUAACAUUAACUCAACCCCUAAUACUCGACCGACUCAUCACAUUCAUCACAUCCCAGACCAACAUGAGCUCAGACACCGGCGAACCCAUUUGUAGGGGCUAUGUAUACGCCGGCGCUAUGUUUGCGUCGCUUGUGUUGGCAUCGGUGCUCAACAUUCACUACAAGAGCCGACAGGACCUGUUGUUUAUGAAAAUCAAAACUUGUGUCACAUCCGCGCUGUACGAGAAGUCCCUACGACUGUCCAGCGCUGGUCGCCAAGACUUUUCCACCGGCGAUAUCAUUAACCUAAUCACCGCUGAUAUGAAUCAUUUGAUUGAAUUCUUCUACUUCUUGAACAAUCUAUGGCUGAGUCCCGUAACCAUAAUCGUUGCCACGUGCUUACUAUGGGCGCAGUUGGGCGCCGCCACUCUGGCCGGCGUAGCCAUAAUGGUGUUAGUCGUGCCAAUCAAUUCAUAUCUGAUGACUCGCGAACACCAGCUGUGGGCGAAGUUACCCGAGUAUAAGGACAAGAGAGUGUCGGCCAUUACCGAGAUUAUCAAUCACAUCAAGGUGUUGAAGCUAUACGGCUGGGAACCGGCGUUCCUGACCCGUGUGUUUGGCCACAGGGCUCGCGAGUGCCAAUUGUUAAACGUAGUAAUGGUUAUGAGUGCUAUAUCUAGUAGUAUUGUUACUGCCGCGCAAUACAUGGUUAGUUUAUGCAGUUUUAUGGCAUUCCUAUACUUGUCGGACGAGAAUAUUCUGGACGUGAAUAAAGCAGGAACCGAUAAUAAUGAUCCCAGCGAUGGUCACUUAUACAGUAACCGUAAUGCAGAGUUUCAGUGAACCGAAUGAAUGCUUAUUUAAACGCUAAUGAAGUGAAUGAGAGUUUCGUUGACCACAAACCCAAUCAAAGGACUCCUAUUAGUGUUAAAAAUGCUUCGUUUAAAUGGGAUAACAAUUGCAACGAUUCUGUG